AUGAUGGCCAAGUCCACGGAGGAGCAAGUUGAGUACCACGAGACGGAGCAAAAAGGGCGCGAGCUCGAGCAAGAUGCCUUGUACCAGGCAUAUGCCUCCAAGGCUCCCGAAUGGCAUCGUAAUAUGACACGGACCUUGCUGCGCAAGGUCGACCUCCAUCUGCUGCCUUUCCUCAUUCUUAUGUACCUGCUCAACUUUCUGGAUCGCAAUAAUUUAUCUCAGGCGCGCCUGGGCUCCCUCGAGAAGGACCUGGGAAUGGAAGGCACCGACUACAAUCUAGCCACGAGUAUCCUGUUUGUCGGCUACCUGCUGAUGCAAUUGCCCUCUAACCUUCUUCUCACUCGUAUCCGACCCUCGCGAUUCCUGGGCGUGGCCAUGGCCAUUUGGGGUAUCAUUUCCGCAUGCCAGGCGGCCACCCAGUCCUUCACGGGACUUGUGAUUUCUCGUUUCUUCCUUGGAUUCGUGGAAGCGCCCUUCUUCCCCGGUGCAGUUAUGUUAAUGUCGAGUUGGUACACUAGACAAGAGUUGAGUCAUCGCAUUGCUUGGUUCUACGCCGGUAGCUCGCUAGCCAAUGCCUUUGGUGGAUUGAUUGGUGCUGGUGUCCUCGGGAACUUAGAUGGCAACCACGGGAUCGCCGGAUGGAGGUGGCUCUUUAUAAUUGAAGGGUGCAUCACCGUGGGUGUGUCUAUCUUGGCUGCCAUCUUUCUCCCCAACUAUCCUGCGACUACCUCAUGGUUGAAUGAACAGGAGCAGGCAUAUGCUCAGUGGCGCCUCAUUGACGAUGCCGGAGAGGCAGAUGAUGCCACGUCUAGCAGCAUCAAGGAAGCUCUGACACUGGUCUUCGCCGACAAGCGCAUCUAUCUCUUCAUUCUGCUGCAGCACACGUCGCUUCUUUCGCAGAACUUCCAGUACUUCUUUCCCACCAUCGUGCAGACUCUCGGAUACGGCAAUAUCGAAACGCUCCUGAUCACCGCGCCGGUCUGGAUUGCAACUUUCUUGGUAUCCCUCCUCGUCACCUGGACCUCCGGCCGAACGGACGAUCGCAGCUUGCAUAUCAUUGCUUUGAUGCUCGUCAGCGUUAUUGGAGGGAUCAUUUGCACCGUGACUACUAAUACCGGGGCUAAAUUCUUCGCGAUGUUUCUGAUGCCCAUGGGUGCCGUGUCCGCCUACCAAAUUAUCCUGGCGUGGGUUGCCAACUCCUUCCCUCGACCACUGGUCAAGCGAUCGGCCGCCAUCGCACUGGCAAAUAUGAUCGGCAACACCGCUUCGAUCUAUGGCAGUUACAUGUGGCCGUCGUCGUCGGGACCGCGGUAUAUCCCCGGUGGAAGUGCCACCGCCGCCAUCGCGCUGUUUGUCGCGCUGCUCGCUCUCGUCAUUCGUCUUGUUCAUGCCCGGAUGAAUCGACAGCUGGAGGAAGCCGAGUCAUCGCAGAACAUGCCGUCGGGGGAGAACGACCCCGAAACACGGGCGGUUGGAUUCCGCUAUAUAUUGUGA